AUGUUGGCUAUCCAGAUAACUGCUUCCAGAGCUUCUGUUUCUGUUUUGUCCAGGAGUGGUCAAAAACCAAAGCAGAAUGCCUGCUCUGCAAGCAGUCUCUGUUUUAUUUUCCACAGAAUUCAUGAUGAAGAUGAAUUUAAGGAGUACCUACUCAGACCUUCAGAAAAUGGCUCUUUUGUCAGCCCUGAUGGCUGGAGAUUUCCUUACCAUAACACCCGAACAUGGGAACACCAUACUUCAGCUGAAUUCUUCAGUCUUGCCCUAUCUCCUUUUAAGUUAAAAGCAUAUGAUCAGCAUGCCAAAUAUGACUCUCCUGUUCCACUGUGUGAUGGAAAGAGCUGUUCAGACUCAUCAAUUAUUACAAUAUCUCCAUAUGAGGCAGAUUCUCAAGAACUAGAUCACAGUUCAUCGACUGAUAUUGAUCAAUCCCCCUUGGGUGAUGAAACUCCAGGGCUAUCAUGUUCCAUUUCAGAAGAAGAGGUUCAUGCAACAAUAAGUUCUCCUCUAGAGGUUUCAGAGAGUUCUGUUGAGGACUUUCUGUGAAAAGAACUAAACAGUAAACUCAGUUAUAGGCUAAUGCUGACUUACUUAAAUGACAGUGAAUAUUCUUUGGACAAUUGUGUUAUUGCUGGGCAUGUUAAGCCAUUAGCUGAGAGGACACAAGAACUAUUUGAGCUGUCCUUGGACAAUGAGGAGUCAGUCAGGGAAGAGAAAAGGGAAGAUGUGAAGAAACAGCAGCCAACUCAGUGUCACAGCUGUACACAUAAGCCAAUCAGAAGUUGUUUGCCAUACUCAUUCAUAUAUUCACAGAAUAUAGGUAGGUGUAAAACUGCAUCCCCUGCAGUCAAGAAGAAAGAUGAUAAGAACAAAUGUAAAGUAAAAGAUCUAUCUCCACAGGACUUCAUCUGA